GUUAUCAUUUCGAUAACCCCAUCUGAUAAGGAUACUGUACACAAUACACAAUAUGACAGGAGUGUGACCUGAGUGUGAAUAGUUUAUAGUUGUACCCAAGAAAUAACCUCUUGUGGGUGUGGGAGAGAUAACGAACCGACGGAAAAACUCGUAGAGUCGAGUGCCGGAAGAGAACUGUUGAAAAUCAAUCGAAUGCUACAAGUCGACGAGAGGAAAUAAUUUAAUAAAGAUCGAAAACGACGCCCAAAUUCGCCAUGAUACAUCUUCUUGUCGCACUUUCUGUCUCCACCAUCUCGGCGCAGACGACAUCGUUCGUCUCCGUUGAAGACAAGUUGGUCGGUUACGCGGAACCUGAGUGGUUUGUGGCCAAUGUGCCAUUUUUGGAAGUGCCGGACGCAGCGAUCGAAGCGGUCUAUUAUUACCGGUGGACCUCGUUGAAGCGCCACCUGCGCUACGCGACGCCCGGAGCGGGAUAUGUCAUCACCGAGUUUGUUCAUAAGGUCGGGUACUCGCAGAAAUUCGAUACCAUCAACGCCGCCGCUGGUCACCACAUUGAUGAGGCGAAAUGGCUCAGAAACUCGAAAUAUGUCAAGGACUACAUUUCGGUGUGGGGUCGAGAGGGUGGUGGCAACCAGCAGUACUCAGAAUGGAUUGCUGACUCUGCAUGGAACGCUUUCCUCCUCAACGGAGACGCCGCCUUCAUCUCCGCCCAGCUAGCCGGUCUCGUGACCAAUUUUCGCGGAUGGGACCACAAAUUCGAACCUAACCUUGACCUCUACUUCCUCUCCCCGCACGACGACGCCAUGGAACACUCGGCCAGCUCGGAACAGACAGAUGACCCCUACCACGGCGGACUAGGAUACAGGCCAUCUUUCAACUCUGAAAUGUACGCGAAUGCAAUGGCGAUAAGUAAAAUUGCCGCCCUCGUUGGUGACUCAGUGAUCGAGGCGGAGUAUGCAGAACGGGCGAAUGCGAUUCGGAACGCAAUUGUGACCUACUUGUGGGAUCCAGUGAGACAGUUUUUCUACCAUGUUUUCAGGGAGGACAACCCGAACCUUGAUUUGCUGGAUGCCCGAGAAGAGAUAGGUUUCUACCCGUGGCGGUGGGAAGUUCCGCCCAAAGAUGACCCCACAUUUGAGGCCGCCUGGGUCCAGUUGCUCCAUCCUGAAGGCUUCAAUUCCGCCUUUGGUCCCACCACGUGCGAAAUGCGGAGUCAGUGGUUCGAUGGAAAUCAGACGAGUCAGUGCUGCUGGUGGAAUGGUAACUCGUGGCCUUACUCGACUGGUCACACCCUGCGCGCUUUGGCGGCGCAGUUGAAACGUUAUCCCUCCGCUUUCGUGACGGUGGCGGAUUACGUCGGAAUGCUGAACAAGUAUGCGCGGACGCAAUACAAGGAUGGGAAACCCUACGUAGCGGAGUGCCACUCCCCCCAUGGGGAUUUCUGGGUGUGUGAUGGCAGAAACCACUCUGAGCACUAUGCCCACUCUACGUACAAUGAUAACGUGUUAUCCGACCUUAUCGGGAUAGAGCCUCAGGGGGACGACUUUUUCCAAGUGAAUCCGCUCGUGCCCGCGACCUGGGACUAUUUCAUCGCGGAGCACGUGUCCUACCACGGUCACAACGUGACGGUGUUGUGGGACCGAGACGGAUCGCGGUACAACAGCAGCGGUGGGCCGGGCAUGCAAGUUUGGGUGAACGGCGGGCUGGCAGGGUCAAGGCCCACGGUGGGCUUGAUGAAGGUUGCCAUUCCGCCCCCCAUCCCCGACCCUUCAUACCCCACAGGACGCCGCCGCCAGGAAAAUUACGCUGCGAAUGUGAACAGUUUUGGCUAUCCCGCCCCCUCGGCGUCCUUCAUAAAUGGAGAUUCGUCCAUCUGGCAGGCCGUCGACGGGCGAAUAUUUUACGAUUUUAUCCCAAUCAACCGAUGGUCCAACUAUGGCAAUCGAAUCGAUGCCGAGGACUGGUUUGCCAUCAACUUUGGGCCGGGAAGGAUCAGGGUCGUAAAUCAAGUCAAGCUCUACGUCUACUCGGAUUACGCGGAAGGUCGUGGCGUGGAUUGUCCAACUUCCAUCACCGCCGAAUAUUUCGACACAUCUCUGCAGGCCUGGACUCCUACGCUGGACCAGGUUUUAACCCCCGCGAUCUGCGUACCCAACAAUGUUUGGACGGUUGACUUCCGCCCCGUCGCGACGGAAUGGAUUCGCCUCAUUUUCACGAAUAACAUCUCCCAAGGAACGUUUGUAGGUGUGUCGGAGGUCGAAAUUUGGGCGCCUUGGCCGCAAAGUGAUGUUGGCUAUGAGGCCGAGGAUGGGUAUCUUACCGGCACGAGCGAUAUCUUCACCUCCCCCACGGCGUCAGGCAGAUCGUACGUGGGCGCGAGAAGUGGCGACGACGACAUGUCGGCAGAAUUUACCGGCGUUUGGGUAGAUGUUUCCGGAGAUUAUGAGAUUGUUAUCGGUUACACGAAUGGGGCCCAGGUCACGGCAGGAAUGACCUUGAAGGUGAAUAAUUUCCACGAGGUUGACCUCUCCUUUCCCCCGACGGAAACGGGCUGGGGGGAAUUUAAUCUGGACGAUGGCGUCAUUCGGGUCACUGUACCGCUCUGGAGGGGAGGAAAUGUCCUCGUUUUCCGGCAGAGAGGCGUCGAUUUGGUGCAAUUGGAUAGAAUUAGGAUUGUGGGGGGAGAUCAAUAAAUUACUUGUGUUUACAGAAUAAUUAAACGAUGUCAAAAUUGUAAUGAACUUUCAUAAGGUGGACGCCAUUUCGGCAAUUAAUCCUAAAUUUUAACCUUUUAAUUAAAUGGUUAAACUAUGAACUGUUCAAAAUUUUAAAAUUAAAAUAUGCAUAAUUGACAAAGCUUGAAGAAGUUGACAAAUAAAAAAGCGAAAAUUGCAACAAAUUGGCACAUA